CGAUGGAUCCUACCACCUCCAUCCCCAGGCAAUAAGGGAUGUGCAGAGUUGCAGAAGUCCAGUCCUCACCAUCUUCAUCUUCCCCCGCCCUUGAGAUGAGCAAACCUGAAACGAAAAUUAGUUAAAAAAAAAAGAAUGGGUAUCGAAAAUAAAGCCCAACAGUCGUCGGCCCAUGGUCUCCUCGUCCAGCACGAUAGCCCGCGCCGCGCGCCGCGAAAAGCAAAAUCCUCAUUUCCCUCCUCCGUUUUCGAAUCCCAUUUCCCCAUAUUCCCAAAGGAAUCACGCGACGCGCGCAACAAUUCGCGGCGACCUCCAACCCUAACCCCAAUCUCCUCAUGCCCCCGCACGCCGACGGAGACGCCGAAGCGCGCCUCUUCGCCGGCGUCCGCUUCGCGCUCCACGGCUUCAACACGCUCUCCGAGUCCCAGUAUCGCUUAGAGAUAGAACGGUGCGGCGGCGUCCACGCCGGGGCUUGGGACGGGGACUGCACCCACGUCAUAGUUUCCGACACCUUAUAUGAUGACCCAGUAUGCGUGGCGGCGCGGAAGGACAAGAAGAAGGUUGUCACCGAGCAUUGGGUGGAGGACAGCUUCGAACUUGGAGAGUUGGCUGAUGCAGAUCGGGUAAUAUACGCGCCAGUCAGAGAUGUCAAAGGCAUUCCGGGUAGUGAUGAACUUCACAUUUGCUUGACGGGGUACCAGAAGAGUUGGCGUGAAGACAUAAUGAGAAUGGUUUCUUUGAUGGGAGCGCACUUCUCCAAGUCUUUGAGAGCAAGCGAAGACACCCAUCUCAUUUGUUACAAGUUUGAAGGUGAGAAAUACGAGCUUGCUAGACAGGUGAACAUCAAAAUUGUGAAUCACCGGUGGCUGGAAGAAUGCUUAAAGGCAUGGGAGAUUCUUCCAGUUGAUGAUUAUACGAAAAGUGGUUGGGAAGUAGAGAUAAUGGAAGCACAAGCUAAGGACUCUGAAGAUGAAAGAGAAGAUGUUGGUAGAGGCUCAUCAAGUGGUAGACAUAUUAUCAGAAGCACCCCUGUUGCAGAGAUUAGAACAAAAUCUCAUGUUGAUUCUGCUGUGGGUGCACCCAUUCGAGGUCCUACUAUCUCUACUAGCAAUGCAGAUGGUGCUACAGGAAGACACUUGGGCACUCCAGAACCGAUUAUGAAAGCAGAAGAUGCGAGCACAAAGUCAUUUGGCAUCAGAGCUGAUUCAGGAGGUGCCCCUGACACAAAAUAUGCUACAAUUUCUGUUGAUGGGGAUGCCCAUAAAACUUGCCCCUCUCGCGUUUAUGAGAGUGAGAAUUGUGAGUCUCCUGCAGAUCAGGUCAGUAGGGAUAAAGCUAAAGGUGAUCACAAAAGGGAACCUGACACUAGGGCUAGUACCCUCUGUACUCCCAGUGUACAUAAAAGCAUUGCUACUGCUAUUCCAGCAGACAACACAAAGAAUAUUGACAGGAACUCUACGCACAGCUCCAAUCAGUUCAAUGUCAACAAUGAUCUUCAGUCAAACUCUUCUGAAGAAAAUUGCUCCAAGAAAACAGUACACUCAACAGAAAUGAGCAGAAAGGUAGAUCAGAAGGAUGAUGGGCAUAUACCUGAUCCCCAACACACCAUUUCUGAGUCAUUUGCUGAAGAAAAGCUACGCAAGCGAGAGUCUAAUCUAGGACCAGAAGACAAGUCAGCAUCAAGAAAUAACCAAAUUUUAGGCUAUUCCAGAAGGCGAUCUUCAAAGUCAGUAUCACCUGAGGCUAAUUUAAGAUCAGUUCAUCAAACAACAUCGUCUCAGUGUUUCGAGGGGAAUACGUCAAGGACUGAGUUUAAUGUUACACCAAGAAAGAAUAAUCAGGAUUUUAGUUGGCACGCUGACACCCAAGGCCUGCAAGAAAAUGAAGUGAUAAAGCAUGUUGUCAAUAGAUCAGGUGGUGGACAUGCUCAGAGGAGGAAGAGCAUUCUUGCUUCAUUCAGUUCAAAGGCACCGAAUGAAGCCCCAGACUCAGAGACUGGAAUAUCAAGUAGCCCUUUAUCAAGCAAGGAAAGUGCAUCUGAAGCAGCUGUUUCUAAUCUGGGUAGAAGCCCUGCUGAAUCUACCAAAGUUGAUGGUCAUCUAAACAGUGGUCCAACUGUGAAUUUUUCAGAGAAGCAAAUGCCUGGCUCAUUUAAAAGCAACUUGUUAAGUAAUAGGAGGACAUCUUUGAAGCUUGCAAGCCCUGCUGAAGUAGAAAAGCUUCCUGAAAAUUCUGCUAAUGAGAAGAAUAUGGGGGCACUGGGUGAAGUAAAUGCACCAGCACUGCAUGAGACAACAAUUGAGAAGCAUUGUGCUAUAUUCCCUUCUGUCAAUUCUGAAGUUAGAAAAGAAAGUUCAGGUGUCUCUCUUCAAAAUCAGGACACUGAGAUGAUUGAUCCUGAGCAGGUAAACAAAAUCGAAGCUGCAGCUCCUUGCUCAAAACCUGAGAAGGUGGUUUGUCACCAGGAAUUGGAAGCAGAUCCUAAGGAUAUCCCAGUUAACGAGAUCACUGAUAAAGAUGGAACAUUUCCCCCGAAAGUAUCAACUUCUAGAGUGAGGAAUUUUGGUGCCAAGAGGUCUCGAAAUGCUGGCAGUAAAGCAGCUCCUCAAUUGAUUAAUAGCAAAAGUGAGGUUGCACCUUCUAAGCCCAUGCACGAUAAAGUUGCUUCUCAUGAAAACGUAGAGACGCAACAGGCGGAAGCAUGUUGUAGUCCAAAUGCUGCCAAAAGUACACCUUUGUUUCCUGCAGAAGUCCUGAGCAACAAAUCAAGAAAUGAAGUUCGGAGCAGCUCUCUGGGUCCCAACCGUAAGAUGAAUGAAUCACUAAUGGCUUCCAGGGCAGAGUCUGUUAAUAUGCCUCUGCAGAGAAAUACAAAGGGGAGCCACAGAAAGCUUUCAAGCACUGCUAGUGUGGAUGAAAAUCAAGGAAGUUCAUCUCAGAGGGUGCCAAAUUCCAAAUCAAGUAAAUCAGUUGCAGAGGGGUGUCGUACUGCUGAUGCUGAUAUGGCCGAUUCACCAACUAUUGAAAAAACUGAGACAAUACCAUCAAAGUCAAGUUUUAGUGAGGCGGUCCCUCCACAAAAUGGAGAAGAAAACCAUCAAAAGAUUUUAACCAGUGCAAGUGAAGCUGACCAUGGAGUAUGUACAGCAAAUAAAGUAACAGACAACAGAGUGCGCAAGGUAGUAGCCAAGAGGAAAUUGUCUGCUGUCCAAAAGAAAAAAUCUGGCAGUGUAUCGGUAUCUGAAGAUAAAUCUGUCUCAUCAGCAAGAGCUGCACAGAGUUCUAGAAAUGCUAACAAGGUAAUGGUGGAUCAAGAGCUGCAGAACACCAAAGAGGAUAGGACGAAUGAUACCUUUGGAUCAUUAUGCAAAGAUGCCAUAAAAGGGAGAUCGAAAGACAUGCAGAGUUCUAAAUCGAGGAGCAACAAGAGACAAAAAACUGCAGAUUUAGUGGAUGAUUCUACAGAUUAUGACAAGGAGAACAUACCAGUCAAUAGUAAUUUCACUUCCAAAACAAGAGCAGGAAACAACAGCAUGAGUUCCAAAUCCACCACAAAAGCAUUACAAAAUAGCAAAAUUGUGCUUGAUGACUGCGGUAUGAUAGAAGGAAAUAAUCGUGGAACCUUGAACAUGUUGGAACCAACUUGGUUUAUGUUAAGUGGACAUCGCCUGCUGAGAAAGGAGUAUAAGGCGAUACUUAGACGUUUGAAAGGCAGAGUUUGCAGGGAUUCACAUCACUGGUGUUUCCAAGCAACACAUCUUGUCACCACUGAGCUCCGCAGGACUGAAAAAUUCUUUGCAGCUGCAGCUGCUGGCAGGUGGAUACUCAGGCCUGAUUACUUGACUGCUUGCAAUGAGGCUGGCAAGUUCUUAGAGGAAGAGCCAUUUGAGUGGCAUGGUGAUGGCCUCAACAGCGGUGAUACAAUUAGCUUGGAUGCUCCAAGGAAAUGGCGCCAACUGAAGCUGCGUACUGGCCAUGGUGCUUUUUAUGGGAUGCGGGUCAUCAUAUAUGGAGAAUGCAUUGCUCCAACACUGGACACACUAAAGCGCACGAUCAAAUCUGGUGAUGGCACCAUCUUAGCAACCUCCCCACCGUACACCCGGUUCCUCAAGUCCAGCAUCGAUUUUGCUGUUGUAUCUACGGGCAUGCCAAGUGUAGAUGCAUGGGUGCAGGAGUUCAUGAGGCACAACAUCCCUUGCAUCUGCGCAGAUUACCUGGUGGAGUACGUGUGCAAGCCCGGGUACCCCCUGAGCAAGCACGUCCUCUUCAACAUGCACGAUCUAGCGGAGAAGUCCCUGCAGAAGCUACUGAGGAACCAAGAAGACGUGAUGGAUGCCGACACCGAAGAGGAAGGCGAGGCUGAUGUAGGCUGUUCUACCUGCGGAUCAAACGAGCAGGAAGGUCUCAUGCUGACAUGCGGCGGCAGCGGUGGGAAGCAGGCCGGGUGUGGGGUUCGCGUGCACGUGGAUUGCUGCAACCCUCCGGUUGAAGCUGCCCCAGAUGGCGAGUGGCUGUGCAGCAAGUGCGACCAAGGAAAAUCUGCAAAGAAGGCUAAGAAGUCUGCUGGGAAAUCAAGAGUGCUGAAACGCCGAUGAUCCUAUUGCGUGGCGGCAAGUGUAGCUGCGUUUUUAUAAUUUAUAGUAGAAAGAAUAAUUGAGAUUUGUGCCUUUGUGACCAACUUUUCAGGAGAUGCCCGCUCAGCAUUUCCAAGGAUCAACAGUGGUCUGUCUGGAGGUUUAGUAUACAGCCUGCAGUUCAUCAAUAUAUGAAAACCAAUGCUUAAUUAAGGUUGUUAAAUUUGGA